AUGACACGAACUACAGCGAACUCACAAGCCGCUGGCGCUGGUUACACUGGUGUGCAACACUCGCCACCUCCACCACCGCCGCCACAUCAAGUAGGCAAUGUCAUAAAUGAAGGUCAAUCUAGUAGUAGUGUUGCACAAGUUCCAAUAAGCAUAAGUUUAACUGAAAGCCAAUUUUCUAGUCUGUUAGGAAGUCUUAAUGUGCGAGAAGGUUCUAGGAGUACAUUUAGUUCAUGCAAUGCAAGGUUUGGCGGAAGCAAUAGUUCUAAGGUUGAAGAUUUCAUUGAAACCAUAAUCGUUUAUAAAAAUGCAGUGAGCAUUUCAGAUCACUUUGCUCUCACUAGUUUUCCUCUUCUACUUGAUGGUUAUGCUUCAUCCUGGUGGCAAGGGGUAAAACAUGAAGCAAAAUCAUUUGAUGAAGCAAUUGAGUUGCUAAGAACUGCAUUCAGUCCUCCAAGACCUGAUUGGAGAAUAUUUGCGGAAAUUCUUCAAGAUAAGCAAAAGAUAACCGAAACUACAGAUUCUUUUAUUUGUCGAAAGAGAAGGUUGUUUUCUCAACUAAAGAAAACUUUUCCAGAACAAACGAUUAUUGAUCUGCUGUUUUCCCAAAUAAGCCUAAGAAUAAGAGAAAGACUGUCCAGAGAAGACUUCCAAACAUUCCAAGAUCUUUUGAAUAGGGCAAGAGAAAUUGAACUGUCUCUCAACGAAAACCAAAUGAGUACCAAACCUCACCCAGUUGAUGUUCCUGAAAAAUCCACCUCUAGUAUUCGGUGUUCUUUUUGUCGAAAGAAGAAUCAUUCUGCAGAAGUUUUAAGAAGCUCGAAAAAGAAAGAAAAAUAA